UUGUGGAUUGAGUGAAAGUUGUGAACCUCUUGUGGCUCUACAAGACGGAACAGUGGCAUUCAGCCAAGAAGGCUUUAGCAAAACUGCAAAGAAGACACUCAGCUUGAUCCUAAAUGUGAUCAAGUGCAGAUUGGCCAACUCUGAGAGUUCAUCUGUUGGGCAGAAUGCAAGUGAGGAGUGUCUGAUAGCCACUAACAUGUUAGACUCUCUACUGGAGAGCCUUGACCUGUUGCCUGACAUGAGCGCUGCCGAUGAGAUCACAAGGACAGAAUGCCAUACCUCUAACGCAAUGGACAAGACAGGUUCACAGUCAGCGCUUGUGAGCCAACAAGAAAUUAACAUAUCUGACACCGGUAUCAUAGUGAAAACUAUAAUGGACACAUUGAAGACAGACGACCCAGAGAUGACUUCAGCAGAAGAAAAUCUGGAUAGGCUUCUGUCAAUUGAAGCCCUUCAAGAUGCGUCUGGCAACCUGAUCGCAAAGGUCCAUGGUCUCAUUCAGGAGAUAACCAUAAGACGCCAGCUUCAAUCCAUGACUGGCCACAGAAGCCUCUCUCAACCAGCGCUGCCAAAUCCAGCACUGAGGAAGCUGUCAAAGGACGCUGCGUCAGAGCUCGUUUACAGCUUUGCCCACACUUCUGUUAGCAGACUCCUGGGGCAGUGUUUGGGUAGGCCUAUGCCACCCACUGCUGACAGGGUUUUGGAUCAGGUCAUCAAGUUGAUGACAGACAUGGUGAUGGACAGUCUGACUGAUCUGUCCAAGUCUGCAAUGGAGGGUGGUAAGUGAAAGUACCUCUUUUCAUCUGCAUAGGACUUCAUUGUAACAUGAUGCUCAAUACAUUGCGUUUUAUGAUGUGAACUUUGCUGGUUGUGUCCAAAAUGGCACCUUCUUCCAUGUUUAGUGCACUACUUUUGACCAGAGCCAGACCCUAUGGGCCCUGUUCAAAAGUUGUGCACUAUAAAGGGAAGAGAAUGCCUUUUGGAACGCAGUGACUGCUUUCCAUUGUUGCGUCCUCUUCUCCCAGUUAUUGUACCCAGGUCAGUCACACCAGCUUGCUCUUCUUAUUUAGACACCAGCAAUGCCGCAAGUGACAUCACUCAUGGUGUUGUGGCUGACCUUAAUGCUACUGAGGAAUUCCCCGCCAGGGGCCUUAGCCCGGCUGAUGUAAAGGCUGACGGCAUGGCCCGCCUUCCCUCUGCCAGAGGGGAAGAGACUAAGAAGAACAGGAAGUGGCGCUUCCUACCCAAAAUUGGCAAGAUUCCAAAGAUCAGGAUGAAGCUGUUCAAGACAAAAGGGGAACCGAAGAGCCACCCUGAACAGGAUGCGCUGCCUACCAAACGUCUCAGAGAGACUCGUAUUUCACAGAAUGCUGAGUGUGAGGUUCCAGAGGUUCCAUCCACUUCCCCACCCAAGGAGGACCUGACAACCACACUGGCCCCUGCUCCCCAGGAGUCCCAGUCCCGUAAACGCCCUCUCAUAGUCAGGGUGUUACGAGCUAUCUCCAGAGCCGUCUCCAAACCAUUCAGAGGAGCUUUUGGGAAGAAGAAUUAGCCAAAUGCCUGAUUUUAUUACUAUUUUAAUCAGAGCCUUUAUUUAAUAAAACAUUACUGCAUUGA